CCAAAUGGAGCACAACUGUGCCUCCCGUGCUGGGCUCUCUUCAUUCUGUUCGGGGACAACAGAGAGCAGGAUGUGGCCACUUGAUUAUCCUUUGCUGCUGAAGUUUUCAGCCCCAGAGUCCUGGCUUUUCCUCGGGACAAUUUAGGUGUCCUGCCCAGAGCCAAAUGUGGACUGUCCUAAGAAAUCUGGAGCCAAGGAAGCUCGCCAGAGCUCUGCGGGGAGGGCCAGAGCCUUGCUGAAGCAAAGAGAGAGGAAGAUAAGGUUUUCAGUUCUCCACAAAGUGGACUAUGUUCUGCCAUUCAUUCCCACAGCUACCGGCAGCAUUCCUCCCAGGAAGGGUGGAGCAGGACGGGAGAAGCCGGAGGUGAGAAGACAUCUGGGAGGACGGUGCAUUCAUUUUCUGAAUUUCCCACGUGGGGACAGUCUCAGAGCCGACCAGGCUUUGAGGCGCUGGGAAGAUGAGCAGUAACGGCAGUGCGGUGGGCCAGCUCCUGCAGCCCGGGUCGCUGUGUGUCGGCUGGAGGCCGGAUCUGGAAGGGGCUGUCUACCACCUGGCCCACUGCUUCUUGCUCCUGGGCUUCAUGGGGGGCAGUGGGGUGUACGGGUGCUUCUACCUCUUUGGCUUCCUGGGCACGGGCUACCUGUGCUGUGUGCUGUGGGGCUGGUUCGGUGCCUGCGGCCUGGACGUCGUGCUCUGGAGCGUCCUGCUGGCCGUGGCCUGUGUGCUGCAGCUGGCCCACCUGCUGUACCGCCUGCGCGAGGACGCCCUCCCCGAGGAGUUCGAGCUCCUCUACAAGACGCUGUGCCUGCCCCUGCAGGUGCCCCUGCCGGCGUACCGGGAGGUGGUGCGCUGCUGUGAGGGGAAGGUCUUGACCCUGGCCACGGAGGAGACCUACGCCGUGGAGGGCGAGACACCCAUUAACCGCCUGUCCCUGCUGCUCUCUGGCCGGGUUCGUGUGAGCCAGGAUGGGCAGUUUCUGCACUACAUCUUUCCUUACCAGUUCAUGGACUCUCCUGAGUGGGAAUCGCUGCACCCCUCUGAGGAGGGGGUCUUCCAGGUCACUCUGACAGCUGAGACCGAAUGUAGCUACAUUUCCUGGCCCCGGAAAAGUCUCCACCUUCUUCUGACCAAAGAGCGAUACCUCUCUCGCCUCUUCUCGGCCCUGCUGGGCUAUGACAUCUCAGAGAAGCUCUAUGCGCUCAAUGACAAGCUCUUUGCUAAGUUCGGGCUGCGUUUUGACAUCCGUCUCCCCAGCCUCUACCAUGUCCUGGGUCCUGCCGCCUCAGAGGCAGGACCAGAGUCGGAGAAGGAUGACGAGGAAGUCCGGGAGCCAGCCGCGUCCCCUCCUCAGGCCCGGCCCACAUCUGUCCGGCAAACACCCCCCAGCUCUCCCUCGCCGGCAGCCACCAACCCUCCGGCACCUCCUCCCUGGGCCAGGACGUCCAGGCCCGACAGCGGCGUCCUGGGUGAGGACUCCACCAGUCUGGUGCUGGAGGAUUUUGAGGAGGUGUCAGGAUCAGAGUCAUUCAUGGAUUAUAGGAGUGAUGGGGAGUACAUGAGGUGAGGGGAGAGCUAACGUGGGCACAGCCGCCGGGCUCAGCAUCCUGUCUUCUAGAACUCCUCUCCAGAGCUACUCUCAAGUUAUGUCCAGGGGACAGGCCCCCUUGGCUCCAACCCAGACUCCUGAACUGUAAGGAUCAAAGGACAAUCCUCUCCCCUGGCCACGUCAUCCUCCCAGGAAGGUCACUUGUGUGCACACCCUCCUUCUCACCAACUGGCCGGCUCACAGGCGAGGUCAGAGCAGACAGAGACGAUUCCGGCACUGCAGCCACACCAAGGGCCCUGAGUGACUUCGAGAGCUGUGCCUUCACCAGCCUUCCUUCCUGGAGAAGGCAUCCAAAAUCGCAAAAGCACAGAUUCUUUCCUUUACUAAUUGCAGGAUCUUGGGCAAGUUACAUAGCCUCGCUGAGCAUCAUCUGUAAAGUGGGGAUUACAAAACCCACUUCACAGGGUUGUGAGGAUUCCAUGAGUUGAUUUAGGUAAAGCACCUAGGAUGUGGUAUGACACCUAGUCAGCACUCAAUAAAUCACUCAUUUCCUUUCCCUAUGUUGUUUCUUUCAAUUUUCUGAAAGGAUCAAUGAAGUCAGCUAUCUAAGAAGUUU